UCUUAGCGAGUCAUAAAUCGUAACACAACCUUCUAUUUUGUCUUAACUUGUUAAAGAAAGACAAAAGGCUAAUCUACUAAUCGAUAACGAAGAAAAAAAAAGAACGAGGACUGACGAAUCACGAGAGAGACACACGACUUGUAAAAAACAUGAGGACAAAAAAAAAGGAAAGUCGAAAAAAGAUGCUACGUGAUUGGAGGGAUCGCGUUAAAUCUUUAGUAAUUUUUUCUAUUAAGUUGAAUUGAACGAUUUUAAAGACAAGAAAGGAAAGAUCGACGUUCAAUUAGGUGCAACGUGCAGAUCUCGUUGAUCUCGCGAAGGAAAACAAAAACACAACAUAGACGCACGACAAUAAUAUACGGCAAGUGCCGCGAAUUUCAUACAUAGGCACGUAAUACACACAUAUAUAUAUAUACGCACACACACCAUUUCUUACGUGGCGUAUAAACGGCUUAUAUGCACGUUGCAAAUAGAGGCGGUCCCACCGAUCGUUUCUAUGGCGAGAGGCGCGAUGUACGACGAUGACGACAAUGACGGCAAUGACGACGAUGAUGAUUACGAUGACGACAAGAGUUGUCGUACAUUCACAGUGAACGUGUUUGCGAGAUUCAUUUAGAAAAGCGACCGAUAAAAGAGAUAUUAGGAAGCGGGGGAGGAGUAGAGAGAGAGAAAGAGAGAGAGAGAAUGCAUGUACGUGCUUGUGUAUGUGUGUGGGUGUGUACGAGUGUAUGUGCAAGAGAGGUAGAGAAAGAGAGCGAGCGCGAGGACGCGCGUCGUCGCGACGCGUUUCGCGCACCACCGGUCGUCCUCGUUCACGCACGGUGCACCGUGUGCUCUUGAUCUCUCAUUUCUCUCUUUCCUAGCCUUCCGGAGCAUCACAAACGUCCUAACGCCCUUCGAUAAAACGAGGACGAGGAUCGGACGGGACGAGAAACACACGUCGUGAUCGCGACACAGCCUAAACACGCAUCAUUCCUCUCUCCCGGGGGGCAGCCAUUUGCUACGAUCGAGUUGUGUGUAGAAAAUAAAAGGUGUACGCACAAAAACGGAAGGCGAUGCCACCUUGUAGUACGCCAGCUCGUAUCGUGAUCGUCGUACACUCACGAUCCUUACGCUCGUCAAUGGCGCGACGCCGAAAUCUGUCAACGCCUACGAAGAAAAAUAUUUGGAUUUUUCUUACCUGAACUGUCCUCUAUACAGCUAAAAGGAUUCUCAGCUUCGAAUAUCGCGACCCCACGCUUACUUGUGCGGCAUAUGGAAGUGUACAGGGAAAAUCUUCAUUACGAUUGGCUUAUUUCAGAUAAGCCGCAAAAAGUAAGCCAAUCAGCGCCGACCUUUUAUGUUUUGAUGCGUUUCUUUUUAACCCUCGAUAAAAUGUCUGCUCGUGGAAAAGGCGGGAAAACUCGCACUUAAAAGCGAAUCAUUUUCUCUUUAUUGAUUAACACCAUCGUUUUUACGUUUCGUUUACCGUCGAAAAGGAGAUUUUAUCUUUUCAUUUUUUACACGUACUUUCCUUUCAAUCGUGACAAAUCAUUGGUAUUAUUUCCUGAUCAUUAAAAAGGUUAGAUCAUAUUUCUAUUAUAGGUGGUGCCACUCUCUACUACCGUUGAUUAGGAAUAGGCUGCUCGCAGGUUAGCCAACGUCUAAUGGAAUUUAAAGAAAAAUAUCCUCUUGCAUUAUCAUUAAAGUGACAUGCGGUAUUUAUAUUAAUCGUUCUUAUGAGUUUAUGCGAAUGUAGACGCUUGUAUUGUUCUAGCGUCAGAUAUUUCUGUUUGUAAUCAAUGAAAGGUGAAACCUAAGAAUUAUGUGCCACUUAUGAAUAAAUAACAACGCAAUGUUAGUAAACGUGUUUUUAUAAUAUCAAUAUUUUAUGACUAUACGUAAUUUUAGUGUUUAGAUACGAUACAAGAUAUUAAUUUCAUUUACAAAAAUUAUAUUUUAUUUAUAUUAAACGUGAGAUUCUUGAAACAUUUUUUUAUACGAAACGUUUACAUUUGUAUCGUAUAAUUGGUUCUUUUACUAUAAAAUCUGACCAAUCAGCAUUUUUUGACAUGAAACAUGAAUAAAUAGAAAUAAUAACAUCCUGGAAAUAAUAGUUAAUUAUUGUCUCGUAUAUUGCAUCUGAUCGUUAAUUAUUGAUUUGGUUAGUACAUUAUAACUGUAUUAUAUACUCACAUUGCAUUAUACGUAUUUUUUGCGAUUGUGUAUAUAGGGAGACCUUUGAUUGGUCUAUAUUUUAUUAUAUUUUCGAUAAUAAAAAAUAUAUCGAUGAUAUCGAUAUCAAAUUCGAUAUCUCGUUAGCGUCAUCAAAGUUUGACCACUGGUAAUUACUGCCAGAACACAAACAAUAAUUAAACCUUUAAAUAACGGUAUCGUACUACUUUAUUUACAAAUAUUUGUAUUGAUUAAUUUUUUGCUGCUCCUGAUUCGUAUAUUAUUUAUAUCAUGGAUAGUAAAUAUUCUGACGCUGUAUAUACAUGGUUUGAAAGAUGUGGUAUUAUAUCAAAUAUAAGAACACAUCUUCGUAAAAAUUUAGUAAAUGCUUUAAAGUACAAAGAUUUAUCUUUAAAGGAUUACUGUAGUAAACCGAAACCAGCGAAACAAUAUGUUUUUGACUUUCUUGUAGCAGAGUAUUUAUUUAAUGUUAAUUAUGCUUAUACUUUAUCAGUAUUUGCUAGCGAAGCUCCACUUUUAAUACAGUUCGAUAAUCAAAUACCUGAUAGUUACGAUGAUAAAAAACAACAUAGUAGACAAAAAUUACAAAAGGAUUAUAUAUAUCAUACAUUAGAGACUUUAGGAAUUGGACCAAGUGAUCCUGAAGGACAGUAUAUUAUGUCAGAAUAUAUAAAUAAUGAUGCACCAUUACUUUUAUGUAUAUUAAAAUGUAUAUCAUUUUGUUCAUUGGAUUUAAACAAAAUUCAAAGUUUUAAAAAAGCCAGAUCAAUGAGUACGAAAGAAACGCAAACAGAUACUUUUUUCCAACCAAGUACGGACAUAGAAAGAUUAAGGUCUAUAAAAAAGAAGAUAUUUAGGCAAAAACAAAUUUUUGAUGCUCAAUUAAAAGAAAAAGAACUUGGAUUAAAAAAUCGUGCUGUUAUUAUUGAAGAGCAACUUAUUUCUUUGAAUGGAAAAUUAGAAAAAGCACAGGAACUAAUGUAUAUGGUUACUUUAAAAGAACAACAAUUAAAAGAAAAAAAACAGAAAGAAGAGCAAGAUUUGUUUCAAAAAGAAAUUGAAUUAUCUUUUAAACACAAUGCAUUAUUAUUAGAAAAUGAAAGAUUUAAAAAAAAACAAGAUAUGUAUAAAAAUUAUGAACGUGACUUGGAAAAAUUGCAAGAAGAACUUGCUAUAACAAAGAAAGGCUUUUCUUCUAAUUAUGAGUUAAGGGAUACAGGAAUACAAACAAGUUCUAGUAAUGAUUUGGGUGAUAAAAAUAAAGAUGUACAAUUUAAUGAAGAGAAGAAAGAAUUAGUUAAACUUUUACAUGGUCAGCAGUUAAAAAUAGAUGAAUUAACGCAGUAUGCGAUUCAGCUAUCCCGUAGAUUAGAAGAAAUUCAUCAGUCAAGAUCCACAUUAAUCGAAGAUACUGUAAUACCAAAAAAAACUAUAUAUACUAAUACUAUCGUCAGUGAAAGUAGUUCCACUGAGGAUAUUUUGCAAGACGCUAAAUUACGUCUGAAACGUUUAGAAGAAGAAAGUAUAAAAGCUGAUAGGUUUUACUAUAAUUGUAUUGCUACUUAAUUAUAAUAUAUAUUAUACACAUUUUAGAUUGUAUGUCCAAAAGUGUCAAUGAUAAUUUAUUUUGUACAGAUAGUUGAUUACACCAACACAAUAUUAUACAUUUAUUAGGUUAUAUCAUUUAUAUAUAUAUACAGUAUUAUAUUUUCAUCAAAUAAGUAAAAAGAUAAAAGUUUUACUAUAAAUUUAUUUGUUUUAAUUAUUCUAUUGGCUAUAAUAUUAUCAGACAAUAAGUACUUGAUAAGUAUAUAUUACUUUUAUCGGAUAUCAAAGCAAUCUUCACAUUUGUUUAGCAACUAACACAUAUCAGUACAAACUUGAGGUGAACAAUUUUUUUUUCGUAAGAAAUGAUUAAGUUACAUUCAAGUGCAAGAGCACAUUGAAGAAUAUGAAUUGAUUGAGAAAUAGUUUAUUUUAUAAAAUCGGACGUUAACGUAAUAUACAAAUUAUCCACUAUUUUUUCUUUAUUAUGACGAAUUCUACUUUAAUUACAUGCAACAUCAAACGUAAUAUAUAAAAUGUUAAAUCAACAUUUUUUCUGUUGCCGUGCAUCAUCUUCGUUUGGGAUCUGAACUCCUCCUAGUAAGUUUUUGUUAAGGAUAAAUAUCUAUUUAAAUUAUUAAAAUAUUUUUUUUUUGUUCUGAAAAAAUUCUUGACUACUAAUACAUAUAUAGUUUAGAUGUUUGUAUAAAAAGGAUAUUGUUUGUCUCUGUUCUCUCGUCCUUCGCGUUCAUGCGUACGUUCCUUUGUAUAUGGAGAUUUUUCCUGAAAAUAUAUUGAUGGAUAAAUGUCCUAUAUGCCUUGUGACUUCUGCGAUUAACAUUGGGUACUUGAUAGUAUCACCUAUGUUUUCUCGUCUUUGCUACUGUCUCCUGUUUCAUCUUUUCAAUAUACUCGAAGUGGACGUCUUUAUCAACUAAGGGGCCAAGUAACAAGGUUAGAAAAAUGAUAAUAAUUUUACUUUUAGUACACAAAACUAGACAAAUGUGAACUUACUCCUUUAUGAAAUUUUUUUUAAAUAAAUAAUAAAAUGAUA